AUGGGAGGCCCGGCAGGCUCCCUGGAGGAGCUGCAGUGCCUGACAGGGCACACGGAUCGAGUGUGGCAGGUCUCGUGGUCGCCAUCAGGCGACAUGCUGGCCAGCUGCGGCGGCGACCGCACGGUGCGCAUCUGGCGGCGCGACCCCGGCGCCCAGCCCGAGCGCUGGCUGUGCGCCGCCAUCCUGGAUGACACCCACACCCGCACCAUCCGCUCCGCCUGCUGGUCGCCCUGCGGCCGCUACCUGGCCACCGCCAGCUUCGACCGCACCACCGCGGUGUGGCAGCACGCGGGCGGGGUGUGGGAGGUGGUGGCGAUGCUGGAGGGGCACGAGAGCGAGGUGAAGGAGGUGGCGUGGAACCCCAACGGCGGCCUGCUGGCCACGUGCAGCCGAGACAAGUCGGUGUGGCUGUGGGAGGUGCAGCCGGGGCAGGAGUACGAGGUGGUGGAUGUGAAGCACGGGCACUCGCAGGACGUCAAGACGGUGCGGUGGCACCCUCAGGGCGAGGUGCUGGUGUCUGCCAGCUACGACGACAGCAUCAAGCUGUGGGUGGAGGAGGACGACGAGUGGGUGUGCGCCCAGACGCUGGCAGGUCCCGGCGUGGGCCACACCUCGACGGUGUGGGAGGUGGCCUUUGACGCAGCCGGCCAGCGCAUGGUGUCAUGCAGCGACGACUGCACCCUGAGAGUCUGGUCCUGCCGCAAGGAAGCAGGGCAGCAGCGGUGGCACCUGCUGAGCACGCUGAGCGGCUACCACGACCGCACCAUCUUCUCGGUAGACUGGUCGAGGCAGGGCCUGAUAGCCAGCGGCUGCGCCGACAAUGCGAUACGAAUAUUUGGGGAGGGUGGCGCGGGGGACGACAGCUCGGCGGCGGAGCCCAGCGGCAGCGGCGUCGGCUCCUUCGCGAUGCUGUGCAAGCGCGAGCAGGCGCACCCGCUGGAUAUCAACUGCGUGCGGUGGCACCCCACCGACCCUGGGCUGCUGGCCUCUGCCGGCGACGACUGCUGCAUCAAGCUGUGGCGGUGGCGGCCCGACGCAUGUUGA